AACGACAUUUGAAACCUAAUGAUACAAGUAUACAACUGUUAGCGUCACGUGUUUACUGUUUGUUUCGAUACGUCUUAUUCAGCUUAUGAAAUUUAGUGUUUAUCCUUAGUUUUUUAUGAGAUUACAUUUAACAAAUGUAAUUUAUAUGAUAAUUGUCAUGCAUAGCUCAUUAGAGGUUUAAAUAUUUCACACUGAUUCAUAAUAUGGUUGUUUUGGAUACCAUGGAAGGCGUGGGAAGCCUGGAAGAAGAAGCUCUAAAACGAAAAGAGCGACUAAAAAACUUAAAACGUAAAACACCGAGUGGAGAAAAUACAGCGUCUGCAUCGUCAAAUAAUGAAACAUCGGCUAUUCUUCCUAAGCCUGUAUUUAGAAGCUAUAAGCCACAAGAUGAAAAUUUGCAACAGGCAAAGUUACAAGAUGCGGAACCAGCUAAAGUAGAUGAAGAAGUGAAAGAUCUUGUUGAAGCAGGAAAAGAAAAGGUUGUACUACAAGACUUGGACAUUGCAAGUUUAGCUCCACGCAAACCAGACUGGGAUCUUAAGAGAGAUGUAGCUAAGAAAUUGGAAAAACUUGAGCGCAGAACGCAGAAAGCUAUCGCAGAAUUAAUAUGGGAAAGGCUAAAGAAUGGAACUGAAGAAAAUUUUGGUGCAAUGCUGACAAUGACUGAUAAUAGAGCCACUCAGGAUGACUGAUCAUUGUUAUUAUUAUUAGAUAUUACUUACCUUAAUAGAGAUAUUAUUGUUCAAUUAUCAAAUCGGCGGAAGUAAUCUUUCGGUUCAUAAGUGAUGAAAUGAAACUAUAUCAAAGCAAAGUACAAAUAGAUAAUUUCUUUAUCUUCUAAUGGGAGUAAAACUUCGUUUGGAACAAGGAUAUGUAUACAUUGCCCAGUACCUCUUCAUUCUAAAUUGGCUAUAUGCAUAGGGCUUCAGGAUCAUUUUUCUGGUACUG